UGGAGGGCGGCGGUGACGGAGGCGAGGCGCGAGGCGGCGGCGGCGGCGGCGGCGGCGGCGGCGGCGGCGAGAACGGCGGCACCGAGUCUCGGAGCCCAUGCCACUGCGACCGGCGUGUCCGGGAACGGAGAUCGCACGCGCGCCGCCACUCACGACGCGCGCGCGAUCUUCGCGGAGUCGGGUCCCCAGAGGGAAGCGGUCUUCUCGGCCGACGUCCAGCGGCGCGCAAGGAAGCAGGCGCAGCGGAGGCAGCCUAGCACCGGCUCGGCGCCGGGCGGUUGCGCUGCCCGCGAGCCGCGUCCUGAGCCUCGGCAGCGCGCUGCGCGGCGCGGCGCUCGCGCUGCUGCGGUGCCGAGAGCGGCAUGA